CGCGAAAAUGAAGCCUGCACCUAUACUAGCUGCCUUCACAGUAACACCAGCUGUCUCGGCGGCUCAAGCCACUUGUCACGACUAUGUGAUUAUAUCCAUCCGAGGAACGUACGAGCCUCAAGGUCGAAGCAUCGCGUUCACAACUAUGAUCAACCAGACCUUCGCAGCAAUCCCAGGUGGAAUUGAGUACGACGCCGUCUAUCCGGCCGCCGCAGACCAGACGGCAUACCUUGGCGCCGAUGAUGUCACUCGCUUCCUCGAUAACGGCUUGCAGGAAUGUCCUCGGCAGCAAUACGCCAUUUUGGGAUAUAGCCAAGGAGCAUCGGCAACAAUGCUCACCCUUAACAACAUUACGGACACUUCUUCAGCAGCAUAUAAAGCUAUCAAAGCAGUUCUCGUCACGGGCAACCCAUACCAUGUUCCCAAUGCGUCUGCAAACGUCGACGAAAACGGCGGCGACGCGAGCAAAAACUACCCAGGCGCACUUUACAACGCGAACAGUGCUAGCAGUAGAGGCAUCCCACAAACUUACUACGACAGCGGAGCGCUGCUUGACAUAUGCCAUCAAGAUGAUUCGGUCUGCGCACCUAAAGCUCCAAAUGCGAGUUUCAUUCCUGGACAUCUACAUUAUGGGGAUCAAAACGUGCAAGAUCUUGGUGCGAAGUUCCUCAUCUCACGAUUUAGUGCAAACGACAACAACUCGUCACCGACUUCAACGGCGGCAGCAAGCAGUAGCUCGUCCUUAGGGUUGCCCACUGGCUCACCCACUGGCUCGGAGCCUUCGCAGAAUACUGGUGGUGCAAACAUGGUAUCCAUGAGUUUCGUGGCAGCUCUGGGUGGAGUCUUUGCGCUAUUAUUGCAAGGCUGUUGA